AGGCCACAACAUUGGUUGUCACUGAGAUUCAUCACUAGUUCACUGAACGCCGCGAAUGCUGUGAUGCUACUUGGCUAUGUCAUAAAUCACAGCAAAAUCCAUCGUUUAUUUUGAAUAUUAUAUCCAAGUCGUUUCCAGUUUCUGUAGUACUUAUACCGUAUAAUUGUAGUAAGAUGGAUUUCUCGCGGUGUUCUUCAUUAAAAUUGAAGAUGUUCAUCAUUUUCAUAUGUUUGUUUUCAUACGCUACUGCUCAUGGUCAUACCCACGACGAAGGUCACUCCCAUGGUGAAAAUCCAUCCUUUAAAUACUCAAGGCAAGCAAAUGAACCAUAUGCACCGCAUUCCCACAGUGAAACUAAAAUUCCUGUCAAGCCGAAAACAAGGGAACCCUUAACCUUAUGGGUAGAAGCCAUCGGUUCAACGCUUUUAAUCAGCGCAGCACCGUUUAUAAUUUUAUUUUUCAUUCCUAUCGAUAAUCGAAUUGAACAUCAACCAUUGUUAAAGGUAUUGCUUAGUUUUGCAUCCGGCGGACUUCUUGGUGAUGCUUUCUUGCAUUUGAUACCUCAUGCCUUACUAGCCCAUUCUAAUACAGUUGAUUCUCAUGCACAUUCCCAUUCACAUUCACAUGGUGGUGAGGAAUCUGACGUACAUGGACAUGAUCUCAGUGUAGGACUUGGGGUUUUAGGUGGUAUUGUAGUAUUUCUUAUGGUUGAAAAAUUUGUCCGAAUUGUCAAAGGUAGCCAUGGGCACAGCCAUUCACAUUCAGAAUCUCCUUCGAAAGAAACAGUUAAAAAUGAAAAAGAUGACAUAGCCAGUUCAAAAAAGGACCAAAAAUCAAGUGAAAGUGAAGAAGAUAAGACUGUUGAUGAUGUUGUAGAAAAGAAAGCUUGCUGUGAUAAAGAUUCUUGUGAAUGUAAAAAUGAAGAAAAAGUAUCUGACGAUUCCAGUUCUGUUGUAGCGAAUAAAGAUUCCGAAGAAGAUAUCAUGGUCGCUGGUUAUUUAAAUUUAGUUGCUGAUUUCAUGCAUAAUUUUACUGAUGGAUUGGCUGUUGGUGCAUCUUAUAUAGCUGGAUCGGGCAUAGGCUUAGUGACAACUAUGACUAUCUUGCUCCAUGAAGUUCCUCAUGAAAUAGGAGAUUUUGCCAUUCUUAUCCGGUCUGGAUGUGGAAAGCGGAAGGCUAUUUUACUUCAGUUGGUUACUGCCAUUGGUGCCAUUACUGGAACAGCUUGUAGUUUAUUCGCAGAAGGAAUGGAUGACAGAGUUACUAAUUUAAUUCUUCCUUUUACUGCUGGUGGAUUUAUUUACAUUGCAACUGUGUCUGUUAUUCCAGAUUUAUUAGAAGAUACAAAAUUUUGGCAGUCGGUUAAGGAAGUUGUAGCACUAUUAAUUGGAGUGUUUAUGAUGGUGCUUAUAGCACAAUAUGAAUAACUUUUAUAAACAAUGGCUAAACGGAACAAAGGUUAUUCAUUUAUAUAUUAAAUCUAUUUUUGUCUCAUGUUCAAUCCUUUUACCGUUUUUGUGUAUUUAUGCUACUAACUUCAUAUUUAUUUAAGUGCUUGUUUAUUUAUGUUUGGAAAUGGAUAAUUAAUAUGUUUCGUCUUUUCUUUUCUGUAAUGGAAAUAAACUACAUUUCAUGGUUUUUGUAAAUAGUGAAUUUUAAAAGGUGAAAAAAAAAUGUUAAAUCUUCGCGAAGUAUUAUAAUGAAUGACACAGACUAUAUAUAUAUAUAUAUAUUGAGCAAAUAAAGAUUUCUACACAAUAUUUUAAAGCAGAAUUGUUUGUAUGCAUGUAAAAUGAUUUGAUCUUUAAAAAAUACUUCCAGAUUUGUUUUGUAAAAUCAGGGCUUUUAAUACUAUAGGCUGUGACUCAAAUAGGGUAGCCUAAAUUUUGAUAGAACAUAUAUUACUCCAACAUUAAAAUAAGAAAAAAAAAUCAAUUUUUUUAAAAAAUUGCUUAAAAUGUUAAAUAAAUUAAAUACCAAACAUGCAUUAAUUUUUAAAUAUUUUUUUAUCUGUAUCUAUCUUGUUAUUUAUCCUUUUUGUUCAUUUGGCUCUAAAACUCUAGAUUAAAUUGGAUCCCCCCCCCCCGUCCUUUAGAAAGGUUUCAAGGCUCAGCUUGGCAAAUACUUUGAUACAUAAAGAAUUAAUCAAACAAUUUUGAUAAAUGAAGAAUUAAAGUACUUAUAAAUUAAGUUAAACAUUCCAUAUUUUUUGUAGAUUUUGAAUUUUAUAAUUUUUAGAUUCAAAUAAAAUUUGGUCUCUUAUGUGUGUUCGAAAAAUUUAGGUACUUUUGUUUUGUUUUCCAAAGCAUUAUUGUGCAUAUAUUUUAAAAACAUGUAGUAAAAACAAAUAUAAUUUUCUCUUUGGCUUUUGUUUUAGAUUAAAUGGAGAUGCCGUGUAUUGUCUUAAACACAUUAACAUUUCAACUUAUGCAAUUAUGUUUAUAUUUCAAUUAAAACAAUUAUUGCAAGUGAUAAAUUUAUGUAUCAAAAAAUUAUAUCAAAUUCUUUAAUCUUUUGAAAGAACUUUAAUUUUGUUUGUUUGUUUAUUAUAUGUAUACAACUAU